GGGCUGCGCUCCUCUCUGCUUCACUUGCCUUGGCUUCUGCCACCUGUGCUGGUGGCCAGUUCUCCAUGAAGCAGAGGCUGCUCCCGCUGAUAGUCCACCGAAAAGCCACAGGCCAUGCUCCCGGAGAUUCUGGUAGCGGGAGAUGUGCCAUUUUGACUGUCAUGGGAUGAUGGACAUGGCGAAGGAACCCAGGCUUCCUCGCAUCUUUGCUUUUCUUGCGCUAUGGCUGCAUGGGAAACGGCGUACCGAAAGCAGACUGCCGAUGCUUUCGGCCAGCAACAUCAGCAAUCCGAAUGAAGGCUCUGUCCAAGAAUAUACCAUCACGUAUCUUGUCAAAGAGGGGUCGGAGAAGGCCGAUCCAUCACAGUUUGAGCUUCUGAAAGUCCUAGGACAAGGUUCUUUUGGAAAAGUCUUCCUUGUAAGAAAAAUCACCCCACCAGACAAUGGCCACCUCUACGCGAUGAAAGUCCUGAAGAAAGCAACACUGAAAGUGCGCGAUCGAGUAAGGACGAAAAUGGAAAGGGACAUUCUGGUGGAAGUAAACCACCCGUUCAUCGUGAAGCUGCACUAUGCUUUCCAAACUGAGGGGAAACUCUACCUCAUCCUUGACUUCCUCAGAGGGGGAGACCUCUUCAUGCGCCUUUCCAAAGAGGUAAUGUUCACCGAGGAAGACGUAAAGUUCUACCUUGCAGAGCUGGUGCUGGGCCUUGGUCACUUGCAUCGGCUGGGAAUUGUCUACCGGGACCUUAAACCGGAGAAUAUUCUCCUGGAUGAUGAAGGGCAUAUCAAACUCACAGACUUUGGUUUGAGCAAAGAAGCCAUUGACCAUGAGAAGAAGGCGUAUUCUUUUUGUGGGACGGUGGAGUACAUGGCACCAGAAGUGGUGAAUCGCCAGGGCCACACUCAAAGUGCUGACUGGUGGUCCUACGGAGUGUUAAUGUUUGAGAUGCUGACGGGGGCUCUGCCAUUUCAGGGGAAGGACCGGAAGGAGACCAUGACACUCAUUCUCAAAGCAAAGCUGGGCAUGCCCCAGUUUCUGAGUUCGGAAGCACAGAGUCUCUUGCGAGCGCUUUUCAAGAGGAACCCAGCCAACAGGUUAGGGUCUGGCCCAGAUGGUGCUGAAGAAAUAAAGCGUCACCCUUUCUAUUCCACCAUUGACUGGAAUAAGCUUUUUCGCCGGGAAAUCAAGCCACCUUUCAAGCCUGCUGUGGGCCGGCCAGACGAUACCUUUUACUUCGACAAAGAGUUUACCUCCCGUACACCUAAAGACUCCCCUGGAGUUCCACCUAGCGCAGGGGCUCACCAGCUCUUCCGAGGGUUCAGCUUUGUGGCCACUGGACUGAUAGAGGAUGAAAAGGCCAAAUCCACUCCCAUGCCUUUGCAUUCUGUGGUUCAGCAACUGCAUGGCAAGAAUCUCCAGUUUAGUGACGGUUACAUAGUAAAGGAAGACAUUGGUGUGGGGUCCUACUCAGUGUGCAAGCGCUGUGUCCACAAGGCAACGAGCACGGAAUAUGCUGUCAAGGUCAUAGACAAGAGUAAACGAGACCCCUCAGAAGAGAUUGAGAUACUCCUACGGUACGGCCAGCACCCAAAUAUCAUCACACUGAAGGACGUGUAUGAUGAUGGUAAGCAUGUUUACCUGGUGACCGAGCUAAUGAGAGGAGGAGAGCUGCUGGACAGGAUUUUGAAGCAGAAGUGCUUCUCUGAAAGGGAGGCCAGCUUUGUCCUGCACACGAUCUGCAGAACUGUAGAAUACCUGCACUCGCAAGGGGUGGUGCACAGAGAUUUGAAGCCGAGCAACAUUCUCUACGUAGAUGAGUCUGGCAACCCAGAGUCUAUUCGUAUUUGUGACUUCGGCUUUGCCAAGCAACUGAGGGCAGAGAAUGGGCUCCUCAUGACCCCUUGUUAUACUGCCAACUUCGUGGCUCCAGAGGUUCUGAAACGCCAAGGCUAUGAUGAAGGCUGUGAUAUUUGGAGCUUAGGAAUCCUCUUGUACACAAUGUUGGCUGGGUACACGCCAUUUGCAAAUGGGCCCAAUGACACGCCUGAGGAGAUCCUUAUUCGGAUAGGUGGGGGGAAAUUUUCCCUUCGAGGGGGAAAUUGGGACACAGUUUCUGACGCAGCCAAGGACCUGGUAUCAAAAAUGCUGCAUGUUGAUCCUCAUCAGCGCCUGACUGCCAGGCAAGUCCUCCAGCACCCAUGGAUAACACAGAAGGAGAGGCUACCACAGAGCCAGCUGAGUCACCAGGAUGUCCAGCUUGUAAAGGGUGCGAUGGCAGCCACAUACUCUGCACUGAAUAACUCCAAACCAAGCCCACAGCUGAAGCCCAUUGAGUCCUCUUUCCUGGCACAGAGGCGGGUCAAGAAGCUCCCAUCUACUUCACUGUGACUUGGGAAUGAUGGGUGCUCCCCACUUAUCCCCACACUGCUUCCCUUGACUGCACAAGUUCCCCAGGACCUCCCGGGAAGCAAGAAAAUGUCGCCCCAGCAAGAAGUCUACUUUGAGGCACUUCCUCAAAUGCACAUCAGGGCCAAGUGCCUUCAGAAAGACAAGCUCUUGUUCUCCCCAUGGAUUUCUCUUUUCGCUUUGUUUUUGUUUUAAGUGUACAGCAAGACUGUUUGUAAAGGGAUCUGUACAGGUGACUCUGAGAAGCAGAACGUGCAGCAACCCAUGGCUUGCUGCCUGUGGGACAACCACUCUCCUCCGGCCGAGAGCAGCCAAGCCUUGGACAAGCAGAUGCCCUGCAAUGGAAACCUGGUGCAGCUGGAACAACGUUUUCUCGUUCUCUUGUGAAGAUCCCUUAAGUGGAGGGGUUCUUUUCAGGAGGGGGGGUCUCUUCCUCCUCUGUUUGUGCAGACUCUCUCAGAGUUCCUGUGUGCACAAGCUUCUUUGGCAUCCUGUUCCCCCAUCCUCCAGGCUGUGUGGCUGCCAUCCAAGAGGAUUUUGAUCCACUCUUUCUUCUCUUUUUCCACUCCUGCUUUGGACAGCACGCUCUCCAAGACACCCAGGCCCUACAGGGCUGGAAUUACUACUCUUUUUCUAUAUCCUUGACCUAUGCCAGAUUGUAUCUAGCUUUUGAAUGUGCAAUGGCCUUCUAAGAAGGCUAUUUUCCCACAUUGAUGAUGUGAGGUUUUCUAGGUGGGGGUUGCUUUGUUUUGUUUUUAAAAUCUCUGUCAGAUAGCACAAUCCAGAGCCUCAUGAAACAUAAAGCAAAAAAUCAGCUUUGCUUUCUUUUUCCUUUUCUAAACUUAACUGAUUUCUGUGGCUGGUAACUCAGGGUUCCUGUCUGAAUUUUCAAAUAAAACAUAUCAUGCAGUUGAA